AUGUCGCAACUAUUCUUCUCAAGGGCAUCGCUUCCCAGGGUAUCGAUGGCGACUCGAGCAAUUCUGUCGCGCGUCCCGUCCACCACCGCCGCCAUCUCAUACAAGCCCAAUCCUUUGCAGCCACGUCCCCGAUCCUCCCCCAAGAUCCCCCAGUCCCAGCGCCCUCUAUACCGCGAACCCACGCCUCCUCCCAAGCUAGCGCCCGACGCCCUCGAGUCGAUGCCCUACAUUGUCCGUCGCACCCCCUUCGCCCAGCUCCCCGUCUACCGCAAGUGGAUGUCUGGAGGCACACGCCAGGUCAUCACCAUCAAGAAGGUCAGCGGCGACAAGGCCGGUCUGGUCGGCGAGCUCACCGAGAAGCUGGGCGUUCCCGCUGGAAAUAUCCGCAUCAACCCUACUACUGGCAACUUGGAGCUUCAGGGCGACUUCUUCAACAAGACGAGAGAUUACCUUCUCGAACGGGGAUUCUAA